AUGGGUCANANUAUCUCAACCCCGUUAUCUUUGACUGAGGACCAUUGGACGGACGUUAGGGCAAGAGGACAAAACUUAUCAGUAGUAGUUAAAAAGAAACCCUGGCAGUCUUACUGCACCUCGGUAUGGCCCACCUUCGGAGUGGGUUGGCCUCAAGAAGGGUCGUUUCACCUCCCCACCAUUAGGGCCGUAAAAGCCAUUGUUUUUCAGGAAGGCUCUGGAUCGUUUCCAGAUCAGCAGCCGUAUAUCACAGUGUGGGAAGAUUUAGCACGAUUCCCGCCUGCCUGGGUUCGCCCAUUUCUUCCACCCCUACGUCCAGGUACCAAGGUUCUGACAGUUCGAGAGAAUGCUGAGAAGGAGAAAUUAAAAAUACUACCUGAAGGAGCCAGAGAGAAAUCCACCCCACCGCAACCAGUGGCUGUUUCUAAAAUCUAUCCGGAGAUAGAGGAACCUCCGGAAUGGCCCCACUCUCUACCACCGCCUUAUCCCCCAGUCCUCCAACCUGCACCCUUUCCCAGCUCAGCAGCCCAGCCCUCGGCUCUGGCAACUCCACCUUUGGGUCUAAGGAGUGGGGAGGGGGGUCCCUCAGCAGGAACGAGAAGCCGGUGGGGAGUGCUUUCAGAGGGGCCAGCUGCUUCUACGAUGGCGCUUCCACUUAGAGUUGUUGGAGAUCCCCCUACCGGCCAGAAUGACCUACAGCUUCUGCAAUAUUGGCCGUUUUCGUCUUCUGACCUUUAUAACUGGAGUAAACAUCCCUCUUUCUCAGAUAAUACUACAGGACUUACAGGGUUGAUAGAGUCUCUGAUGUACUCACACCAGCCCACCUGGGAUGACUGCCAACAGCUCCUACAAACCCUGUUUACUACCGAGGAAAGAGAGAGAAUCCUCCUCGAGGCACAGAAGAACAUCCGAGAUGGAGCCGGACGGCCGGUCCAGACCUCGGUCCAGAUAGACGAAGGAUUUCUCUUAACUCGCCCCCAGUGGGAUUAUAACACAGCACAAGGUAGGGAACGGCUGUCCAAUUACCGAUGGGCACUAGUUGCGGGUCUCAGAGGGGCUGCUCAUAAGCCCACAAAUUUGGCUAAGGUAAGAGAAGUUAUGCAGGGGCCAGCUGAACCUCCCUCAGUCUUUUUAGAGAGACUCAUGGAGGCUUAUAGGAGGUAUGCCCCGUUUGACCCUACGUCAGAGGGACAGCAGGCUUCAGUGAUUAUGGCCUACAUAGGGCAGUCAGCUCCUGAUAUUAGAAGGAAGCUGCAGCGGAUUGAAGGAUUGCAAGAUUAUACUAUAAGGGAUGUGGUUAGAGAGACUGAGAAAGUGUAUCACAAGAGAGAAACAGAGGAGGAGAAAUUAGAGAGAGAAAAGAAAGAGAGAAGAGAAGAUGAAGAUAAGAGAGACAGGAGACAGGAGAAAGCUCUGACUCGAAUUCUGGCCACAGUGGUAGAUAGAGAAAGGAAUAGGACUAGACAGACAGGGGACCUGAGAGAUGAAAAAAGGCAGGGGCCA